CACUCGCACGCACGUUUGCAAUCGAACGACACGUAGUUAUUUUGCACCAAGAUAUUUUAAAGUUUUACUUGUUAAGAGUUACAGUUUCAUCUAAAUUUUGUUUAAGUAGACAUUUCAAGUGACAGCCAAUAUUAUAAUUUAAUUGUAUUUAAAUAAUAUUAGUCAGUUUAAGUAGAAUUUGUGUAUAAUAUUUUAUAAUUUUGAUUUAGCAUCUUCAGUAGUGAACAGUGAUAAACAUCGCGGUAAAACGCGUAAGUGACGGCUGCUGCCCGGCGCUUAGGCCCUUUUAAUCGCAAACUCGAGUGACUAGCGUUGCAUAUUCGUUUAUAAUCGUGUAUACCCACACGAUGAGUUCGUGCUUUGAUUGUCAACAGCUCAUCAGUGCAGCGGAUAAAUUAUGUUGUUAUGAAUGUAAAAAUAACUACCACUACGGCUGUGUUGGAUACACAAAGACCUCCUUCGGUAAGCUUGCGGCUAAAGCUAAGUCAAACUGGAAGUGUCCAGCCUGUAAAUUACCUCCAAAAAACGACGCUAUUACUUCUGUUAAGUCAAUAUUCGACAGUCCUCCGCCCCACGCACCCUUACCGUCGGUGGCGGGUAAUUUAGAUGAAUAUUUUAGAAACAUGGAGUUAUCGCUUUUGUCGAAACUUAAGACUGAGUUGGUCUCUUUAAUUGAAGAAAAAAUACUUAAGGACAUCCAGAAAAAAGUAGGUGCAAUACCGCAAGUAAAAACACACCUUGAUGAAAUAACGCAAAGUCUGAGCUUGUUGUCGGAUAGGUACGAUACAAUAAUUGCAGAAAACCAACAAUCACGGGAAAAGAUCAGUAGAUUGGAGAAGACAGUUUUAAAUAUUAACAAUAAGUGUGUGUAUUUGGAAAAGUGCAACGUUGCGCUUGAACAGGAGAUCCAUGCAUUCGAGCAGGCUUCUCUAAAUGACCGCAUAGAAAUAGUGGGCAUCGAACAACUACCAGGUGAAAAUCUCAAGGAGGUUAUUUCUAAGGUUGGGGACAUAAUUAAUGUAAGUACAUCAGAAAUCGAGUGGGCCAGGCGAACCACGACCACCCGCCCUCUGAAAACUAGCGCAAAACCGGCACCUAUAGUGGUGAAAUUCAAGGCCUCAGGAGCUGACUCCCGUGACACCUGGUUGGCGCAGCGCCGUAAAAUUAUGGAGGUGACGAGUGACAAAAUUACAGGUGGAUUGGCCACCAACAAAAUAUACAUCAACGAAGCACUUACUAAGGUAACUAGAACCCUGCUGUGGAACACAAAGAAGCAGCUUCAUGGCGUAUACAAGUACAUAUGGGUAUCUAGUGGUAAAAUUCUAGUUAAAAAAAGUGAAGCAUUCCUGGAUUCGAUGUUAAUGUACACACUCGUUGUGGGCGUAGAGGUGGAGGAGUGUUGGUUUACUCUCGCGCGGGGUUGUGCGCGCGGCUUAAUCCUAUCCUUGUGAAUGGCGAGCGCGCAGCCGAGUUUGUUUCCAUUGUUUGCGACUGGCAAGGUGAGCAAUUACACGUCAUUUCAAUAUACCGUCCACCAAGAUAUAAUAAUCAGAAUAAAAUCCAAGAAUUUUUAACCUACUUUGAAAAACUUUUACAGUCAUUAUCUACUAGUGACAAAGUAAUAAUAUGUGGGGAUAUAAACAUAAAUUUAUUAAAAGAUACAGAGAAAUACGUAAAAUGUUAUGAAGAUUUAUUAGCCGAACAUGGUUUUACAAAAUGUAUUAAAGACGUGACAAGAAGGGAAAUUUUAAUGGGUAAUGUAGUCGAAUCAUGUUUAGAUCAUAUAUUUAUUAAAUCAUCCUCAGCAUUAAUCGAUUCUGCAGUAAUAAAACAUAAAAUAUCAGAUCAUUAUUUGGUCGCGGCAUCUGUACAAUGGAAACAGACCCCGAAUGUAGCUCACUCGGGCGAGGUGUGUGAAUCAUGCGCUGCGCCCGCCACUACCACGGCCCAGUGCCACCGCCAUGUGCUUGAUAAUAGAUUGGUCAGAGAAAAAUUAUUAGAAACUAACUUCAAUCAUCUCUUAAAUAUUGAUUGCCCAUUUAAAUUAUACGACGAGCUAUCAACUUUAUUUAGAGACAUAUAUAACCAAUGUUAUAAAGUAAAAAAUAUGACUGGAAACAGAGACUAUAGAAAUGAAAAGUACUGGAUAAACAACAGCUUAAAAAAUAUGGUUAUUGUAAAAGAUAGAUUAUUCAAAAUAUGGUGUAGCGAUCCAAAGAAUAUGGUAAAAAGACUAACUUAUACUAGGUACAGAAAUAAAUGUCAAAAGGUAAUUUUUAAAUGUAACGUAGAACAUGAUAAAAAAACAAUUUUAGAUUGUAAUAAUAAUAUUAAAAAAGUUUGGGAUAAAAUUAAUGAGUUAUUGGGUAAAAAUAAGCAGUCUUUGGAUAAUCUAAUCUUAAGUAACAUAACUAAACAGGACGGCACGCAGGCAGUCUGUAAUGAAUUUGCUGAUACAUUCUCAAAGGAAAUUGAUCAAAUAAAGCACUCCUGUGAUGAAAAAUGGCUGGAAAGGAAGACUUAUGUUAAAUUGUCUAAUGUGUGUAUGAGAUGGCAACCGGUUAAUGGCAAGGACAUAAAACUAAUAAUUGAUAAAAUGAAUAAAAAUAAAUCACCGGGAAGUGAUCUUAUACGCAUGUCUGAUUUGAAAAUAAUUGUUGAUAAGAUUAGCCCUGUUUUAUCUAAGCUGAUAAAUCUAUCUGUAAAAUACCACAAAUUUCCACAAAAAUUAAAGGAAGCAAUCAUUCGUCCGGUCCAUAAGAGAGGUGAUCGUAAAGUAUUUUCGAAUUACAGACCAAUAGCUAUACUAUCAAGUAUUGAUAAAAUUAUGGAAAAAUGUGUUAUCAAUCAAAUAGGAACUUUUUUACAAAAAAAUAAUAUCUUAACGGAAUGUCAACAUGGCUUCCAGAAAAAUAAAAGUACCAACACCUUAUUAUCAAAUUUUACGGACGAAAUUAAUGCACAUUUGGAAAAUAAAAAAAUUAUUGUAGCUAUUUUUUAUGAUUUUAGGAAGGCUUUUGAUACCCUACAGACUGAAACCCUCUUAAAUGGAAUGGAGGAGUGCGGCCUGGGGCAGCCGCUGAACCCUUGGUUCAGCGACUAUCUCAGGGCGCGCUCUUACCGUGUGAAAGUCGGCGAUGCGUUCAGCGAGGAGAAACAAGUAAACUGCGGAGUUCCCCAGGGCUCCGGAUGUGGGCCCGUGUGUUACCUGAUGCACGUAAAUAGCCUCUGUGGAGUAUUACGUCACUGCUCCGCCCACAUGUUUGCCGAUGACCUUUGUACUCUGAGCGCUAGUACCGACCUCGCGGAAAUGUGUCGCCGGGUUCAAGAGGAUGUGGAUGCGGUAGUUAAAUGGUCACAUGAUAACGGCAUUAUAUUAAACGCUGACAAAACAAAGAUGAUAAUUAUUCACUCCCCGUAUUUACGUUCUAUUGAUAAUCCGCCUCCUCUGAUUGCCCACAGCUUUGAUUGCUUCCACAAUAAGAAAAUUAACUGCACGUGUAAUCCUAUCGAAAAAGUUAAUUGUGUAAAAUACCUAGGAGUAAAAAUAGAUAACUCUUUUUCCUGGGAUUCCCACAUAGAAUACGUAUGUGGAAAAUUAAGAAUAUUACUAGAAAAGUUUUAUUAUUUAAGUAUUAAAGUUCCAUUGCCAAUACUAAAAUGUUUAUAUUUUGCACUAGUGGAUUCCAUAAUAAGUUACGCUCUUGAUUGCUAUGGAUUAACAUUUAAAACAUACAUAGAUAAAAUAGAAUCAUUGCAAACAAGAUUUUUAAAAUUACUCGUAAAUAAAAAGACAAAGAAUCUAUGUAAAGGAGAUUACUCUAAACUAUAUAAAAUAUGUAAAAUUUUACCGGCUAGCCUGAAACAUAAAUAUCUUCUACUUGUAAACAAUCAUAGUAAACAGGAUCGUUUAACUAACUUGGUGCAACAUAAAACUGGCACAAGGUCAAUGUCCAAAGGAAAAUUUGAAAUACCCAUGGUACAAAAUUACUAUGGAGAUAGAACGUUAAAAAAACGUGUUCCAUACUUACUCAAUAGUUUACCCGAGGACAUAAGACGUGAGCCUAUACUUGCUAAAUUUAAAAGCUUAUUAAAAAAACAUUUGUUAAAUACGUUAUAACCAUUUACGUAUAUUAAUUGUGUUAUUAUAGUAUAAGCUAGUUGAAUGGUUUAUACGCUAUGUUUGUAUAAAGCGAGUUACCUGCAGUCAAACUGCAUAAGCAGUUUUGCGGGGCAUGUUUUGAAUGUAAGUGUAACUUCUUAUGAAUAAAUAUAUUACAUACAUA